GCUGAUUAGAAAAUCAAAUAUAUAUUGAAAAUCAUUUCCAAUUUCAACAAUAUUAUCAUUGGUUUUAUUUUUGACUUUGUUUCUAUCUAAAUUUGUUUGAUUGAAUUACUUGAACAAAUAAAAUGUCUUCAUCAACAGUUGGUAAAGAUAUUGAAUGUUAUGCUGCCGUUGCAUGGGAAGCUAAAAAACCUUUAUCGAUCGAAAAGGUUACUGUUGCACCACCCAAAGCUGGCGAAGUUCGUGUUCGCAUUGAUUUUACCGGUGUUUGUCAUACAGAUCAAUAUACAUUAAGUGGUAUCGAUCCAGAAGGAUUAUUUCCAUGUAUUUUAGGCCAUGAAGGUGCCGGUAUUGUCGAAAGUAUUGGUGAAGGUGUAACAUCGGUAAAACCCGGUGAUACAGUUAUUCCAUGUUAUAUUCCUCAAUGUGAUGAUUGUAAAUUUUGUCGAAGCUCAAAAACUAAUCUUUGUUCAAAGAUUCGUAAUACUCAAGGUAAAGGUGUUAUGCCUGAUGGAACAUCUCGUUUUACUUGCAAUGGUAAAACUCUUUAUCAUUUUAUGGGUGUAUCAACAUUCAGCCAAUACACUGUUGUGGCUGAAAUUUCAUUGGCCAAAAUUAAUCCUAAAGCACAAUUAAAAAGUGUUUGUCUGUUGGGUUGUGGUAUUUCCACCGGAUAUGGAGCUGCAUUGAAUUCGGCAAACGUUGAAAAAGAUUCAACAGUGGCCGUUUUUGGAUUGGGUACAGUUGGUUUGGCUGCAAUUUUUGGUGCUAAAAAACGAGGUGCAAGAGAAAUCAUCGGUAUCGAUAUUAAUCCUAAAAAAGAAGUUAAUGCAAAAAAAUUUGGUUCAACUCGUUUUGUAAAUCCAAAAGAUUAUCCCGAUCGACCAAUACAAGAUGUUUUAAUCGAAAUGACUGAUGGUGGAUUGGAUUAUACAUUCGAAUGUGUGGGCAAUGUUCAUUUGAUGCGUUCGGCAUUGGAAGCUUGUCAUAAAGGUUGGGGUACAUCAGUCAUUAUUGGUGUUGCCGGUAGUGGACAAGAAAUCAGUACAAGACCAUUUCAAUUGGUUACUGGUCGUGUAUGGAAAGGUUCUGCAUUUGGUGGAUGGAAAUCACGACAAUCUGUACCAAAAUUAGUUGAAGAAUAUAUGAAUGGUGAAUUAAUGGUCGAUGAACAUAUUACACAUUCAGUUGGUUUAAAUGACAUAAACAAAGCAUUCGAUCUGAUGCAUUCGGGUGAAUCAUUACGAGUGGUCGUCGAUCUUUCAAAAUUGUAAUUUUUUUUGGCUUGUUUGCUUAUUUGUUUGUUUUUUAUAUUUUCUUUUUUUAUUCUAUCCAACACAUUCAAAUCUACCAACAACAGUACAAUUGUAA